UAAUGCACCUACUAAUAUUUUUUCUUUUCUUGACAAAGUGGGAGUAAUUUAAUUGGUGUCCUUAAAUUUGUCCUUGAUGUGGCUAUAUGCUGAGUGCUGAGUUUCAUCUCAUAUAAGUAAGCAAGGGACUAUUUUUCAUGUCUGCCCAUCUUUCUUUUUGGUUUUAUAAACUUAUAAUCUACUGCUUCUGAGGAUAGUAGGUUGCAUUGCACAUCCUUCAAAUGUGGGAGGACAAAACAAUGGGCUGGGAUAUUAUGAUUAUGUAGUUAGUUUUGUUGCUGUUAUCAUCAUCAUCACCACCAUCAUCUGAUUCAGUUUUCCUGGCUGGUUUUGUAGUGACAUGUUUUUCUUGGUUUACAAGAAGAAAAACUGUAUAUUUGGCUAUUUUUUUAAGAUUUGGGUUUAGGUUUCUUGAUUUAUGUUUAAAAAGGUUUACAGGUGGGAGGUAAGGACCAGCUUUUACAGAAGCAUGACAGCACAAAUUUUUUUGCUGUACUCUAGGAUUUUGUGUAUAAGCUAGACAAUGAAUCUUGAAAAUUUGGUGUGCAGUUCAGUGAUAUGAAUGAGAACAUAUUUGCUUGAUUUUUUUAUUCUUUUUAGUGGAUUACACUACAUUUUCCUAAAUAACUUUAGUUGGUUUGAGGCUCUAAUGGGGUUACUGGCAUGUUUUGGUUGAUAAGAAAGACCUUAGAGUCCUGCAUGGAAGACUCUUUCAAUUGUCACACAAUUAAAAAAAAAUCUUUGUUGAAAUUUCAUUUCUUGUUGUUCUCUUCAAGAGGCUUGCCGAUGAAGGAUCAAAGGUGGUUUUUUUUUUUUUGAAAGAUUGAACUUGGAAUGAGAAUAUGCAUAAUGUAUGAUUGAAUACAAUUUUGAAUGAUUGCGUGAAUUAGGAAUUCAGAAUAAUAAAGUUUGUGCUCGUCUAUGGUGAUUUUUAUGCUCCUCUAGUUUUACUUGAUAUGUAGAUUAUUAUGAAGAUUGUGUAAAUAUUUUGUAUUAAUUAGAAUCAGUUUUUUAGGGGAACAAUGAUAUGUAAACGUUCCUGAUUUUCAGAGAUUGUAUAGUUGUAUUAUGCCUAUUAAUGGGCAUUUGUCCUCAUAAAAAAAUACGAAUGAUUUUUCUCCAAAACCACAUGGUAUCAGAGCUUACCCAGUGGUAAUCUCUUCGAUCAAGCUUGGGUUGCCUCUUCCGGCGCCGGUAGCUUCAGUUUAAGCUGGUUGGAGUGUUGGUUGCUUCUCCGGCACUGAUAGCCCCUGUUCUUGGUGAAGUCGCAUAUCUCUAGCAAAAUCAAGCCAUUCAGCCAAGUCACCGCAUCCAGCCCAGUUGCAAGCCUCAGGCCCAGCUACUGUCUCCAGCCCAAUCGAUAUUAUCCAAGCCCAGUCGCCGAUCUCCUUAGCACAGUUGCACCCUUCAAUCUCCAAAUUUCCAGUAAGUGUUUACUUUCAGAAUGUCGGCAGAAAAAGGUUCCGAAGGUUCCUCUUAUCCCUUCUCUCUCACUCAUUCAAUUAUUACAACGGGAUCCUCCUCUCACAACGAGGCAAUAUAUCUAGUCACCAGCCACAAAUUGAACGGUCAUAAUUACCUACAAUGGUCCCAGUCGGUAAUGAUGUACAUUGGAGGAAAAGGAAAAAAAGACUAUCUUACAGGAGGGAUUGAAAUUCCCAAAGUCGAUGAUCCUACGUAUAAAUCCUGGAAGGCGGAUAAUCACAUGAUUAAAUCAUGGCUGAUCAACUCUAUGAAUAAUGAUAUAGGAGAAAAUUUUCUUCUAUAUUCUACAGCCAAAGAACUUUGGGAUGCGGUUAAAGACUCCUAUUCAAGGUCAGAAAAUACAUCAGAGUUAUUUGAGAUUGAAGUUGCGCUUUAUGAUCUUCGUCAGGAAGAUAACUCGGUCACACAGUAUUUCAACGCACUCACUCAUUAUUGGCAACAGUUGGACAUGUUCGAGACCUAUUCUUGGAAGUGUGCUGAAGACACUACACUAUACCGGAGUAUAGUGGAUAAAAAGCGAACUUUCAAGUUUCUUCAUGGCCUCAAUAAGGAUCUUGAUGCUGUCCAGAGUAGAAUUAUGAGUAUGAAACCUCUUCCCAAAGUCAAAGAAGCCUUCUCAGAGGUUAGGCAGGUUAGGCAUGAAGAAAGUAGGAAAAAGGUCAUGAUGGGUUCUCCUCAACCCAACCAGGAAUCCUCUGCUCUUGUUGUCUAGGGAUGAUUUCAGGGUGCCAACCAAGACAUUCGACAACAAAGGGGACGUCCUUGGUGUGAAUUAUGUCGUAAGCUUGGCCAUUUUAAAGAAACAUGUUGGAAACUUCAUGGGAAACCUGCUGAUUGGAAGCCCAAGUCAUGGAAAGAUAAGGACAAGGAGAGUCAUGGAAAUGCCUCUGCUAUCACCGAUCCCAGAGGUAAAGAGAAUGGGUCAGAUUCAUCACCUUUCACUAAAGAGCAGUUGGAGGUACUCCAGAAACUCUUAAGCAAAUCGCAAACAACUUCAGAGUCGAAUGAUAAUGGUACAGGGUUGUUGGCAAUGAAAGGAAUUGGAUUCGGGGAAGAUGAUUGGCAGUGCUAAGAUGUGCUCUGGACUCUAUAUCCUUCAAGAUGACUCUCCA